CGCCGAUCGAUGACAAAGUUCAUGGCAACAAUCGACUACUCAAAAAGCUACCACGUCUCGAGAUGGGUGUAAACACCCUUUUUCAGCCCCUCAUUCCCUUUAUUCAUUGCUUAUGGGUGGAUUCUCACGCCGGACAGAAUACGGAAUCAUGGCGCCUAAUUUGACAGACGAGGAAAGGUACCCGGAGCUUUUUCUGCCUGACGCGAACAUCGACAGACGAACAUGCCACCGAACUCUGCCAAUGGAGGUAUUGAGUCUGGGGCUUUCCAGGACCGGUACUACAUCACUCCGGCAGGCCUUGAUGAUCCUCGGCCACAAUGAAGUGUACCAUGGCUUUCGGCAGUUCAACAACCUUAGUGAAUGUGCAUUUUGGAUCGAGGGGUUCAAGGCGAAAUACGAUCCAGCGCCGGAUCAGAAACCAUUUGGCCGUGAGGAGUUUGAUCAGCUCCUAGGGCAUUGUUCAGCGGCUUGUGACACACCUGCCAACGCUUUCGGCCCAGAAUUGAUUGCUGCUUACCCAGACGCAAAGGUUGUGCUUGUGGACAGAGACAUCUCGAGGUGGAUGAAGAGCUUUGACGAGACCAUCAUCGAAUGGUUCUUUGAGAACAAAUUCAUCCGUAUCCUUUCUCUCCUCAGGGCUCCACAGGUCGCAGAGAUUGAUGAUGUCAUGCUGGUAUGGCUCAAAUACGUCUUCAGAUGCACCAACAGGGAAGAGUUCCGGGCAAACGCGCGACAAGUCUAUGUGGACCAUUACAAGACGAUACAGGAAGUGACGCCUCCUGAGAGGUUGCUCAACUACAGACUUGACCAGGGCUGGGAGCCACUGUGUGAGUUCCUGGGCAAAACGGUGCCGGAUGUUCCUUUUCCGCAUAGCAACGAUACGCAGGCGUAUCACGAACAACUUGAAGUCGUGACAUGGAGGGCCGCCCGCAUUAUGGUGCGGAAAGCAGCCCCAUAUGUCGUGGGGGCAGUCAUUACUAUUGGAGUGGCGGUGAUCAAAUUCAGGAGGCACAGGGUAACUAUCUAAGUUGAUAUGGCAAUGUGGAGUCGAAUGCAACACGUCUACC